AUGAGUUCCUUAAAUCUUGCCGAGUUAGAGCAUCACAUUUCUGAAUUGUCAUACGUUUCCGGGGAUGUGCAAUCAGAACAUUAUACUUCUGAGUACAUUUUUGCGGACGUGCAACUUACUUCUGAGAGCUCGAAUAAACCAACUGGAUUUGAGCUCACAAUGAUGUGGUCCUCUAAUUUGGGACCGUCAUCCUAUUCCGUGCCUUUACAAUCUACUAAUGAAUUUUUGCAUCGAUACAAGCGUAAAUACAGAGAAUUCCAAAAUAGAAGAUCGACGAAUUGCUACUUUGUUUUCAGAUUUUAUUUUUAUGAAAUUAAGAAAAAGUAUUUUGACUUUAGCAAAUUUACACAAAAAGAAAUUUCAAAACUUUCGAGAAUUAUUUGGAACAACUCAAAAAUUAGACUUCAAAAAUAUUUCAAGUCUUUCUGCGAAGAGCUCAAGACUGCUAUAUCGAAUGCUAAAAGUGAAUACGAAAAUCAUUGUGAACGCACUGAUAUCUCUUUGCAAAGGAAUCUUUUACUCAGUAAUACAAUCCAAAAUGUCAUUCCCUUUAAUAAUUGUCCUUAUCUCCGUCGUCUUCAUCAAACCUCAUUUCCGGUUUAUGACCCAUCAUUCAUUAUUUAA